AUGUUUGAAUUAAGUCUGGGAUUUCUUUUCAGAGGAUUCAACGCAUGCAAAUUUGUGACAUACUUUUGUCUCCUCUUUUUCGUCCUUCUUCUUUCCCUGAAGUUGGACGGAAAAAUCCAAGUGGGCUAUGCUAUCGUAUUUCUUCCAAUAUGGAUCUACAAUUUUCUGAUCUUUAUCGGCGCACUGAUUGGAGUGGUGUCCUUUCUGUCCAGACCACCGUCACAAAAUGACGUUGCCCUCCGCGUGGAUUUCACAGCUAUGCAGUUGACAACAGUAGAGCAUUCAUUCCUAUUCAUUUUUGCUCUGUUGACUUAUUGUAAGUUGGAGCUGUCUGCGUUCUUCCGAAACAACCUUGAACUUCACUGGAUAAUUGUCUUCUCACCGUUAUUUGCAUUAUCAAUUGCUUCUAUUGGCCUCGUAGUGUGGGCGAUGCGAAGAGACAAAUCGUUUGAGUUCGAAUUAUUCUUUGCAAUCAACAUAGUGCAGCUGUUUUUCCUUGCCUUCAAAUUGGAUGAUUUAGUAGACUGGUCAUGGGCUGUGGUCUUCAUUCCAUUGUGGGUGGUGUUGUCACUGUCUGCAGUUGGGGUACUAUAUGCCCUCGUCCUUUCUAUUGUGUUAGCUCGUUCGCGCCACCUGGUUCCUUCGCAUCGGAGGCAGCACGUCACUUCAGCUCUUUUCCAUGCCUGUCUCGUAGUACCAACUCUUAUUUGUAUGGUACUGUUGACUGGGAAAUUGGAUGCAACAGAAUGGGGUGACAAUGAUCCUGCUGCUGAUAUGUCCUAUACAGCCGUCUUUUCCCCUCUUCUUGUUUCCUUACUCUGUCUUGUCCUCAUGUCAUGUGUCCACGGAGGCGGCAACGUUUGGUGGUUUGGACUUCGUCAACCUUUCUGCACGGCUCUUCUGGACGCGUGUCCUUGCUUGAAGCAAUAUGCUAAUGUCAGCUACAAAGUUGUUCUGCACCGUGAUCGUUCUGCUAAUGAAUCGAGCAAUAGCAGUCAUCAUGUAGUAUGCCCUUACCGUGAAGAACAAGACCGAUACCCAAUCAAACCAGCUGUGCCUCUAUGCAGUCUUGAAAUGGUUGAUUGA